UAUUUGGGAAUAUUGAAGACAAUUAUUUUUUCACUUGGCGUUCCCAUUAAAAAACAAAUGUUAUUAGAUGAUCCUUCCACUAAAAUACAUUAUUCUGAUGCUUUAUUGUGUAAACGUCCCACAAACAUUCUUCCCUCUUCCCUCCAAUUCCACAUUUCUACCAAAUUACUAACUAAAACAUCUUCAAUGGAGUUAGACUCAGGGGCUGACUCAGUGAGUUCAACUCCGCGUGCACUUCAUAACUCGGACGAUAAAUCAGUAGUGCGUCUCAUGGUUAGUUUCGGCGGCAAAAUCCUUCCCCGUCCUCACGACAAUCAACUUCGCUACGUUGGUGGCGAUACUCGUAUCAUUGCCGUUAAUCGUUCAGCAAAUUUCUCUCACCUCAAUUCCAAGCUUUCGAAGCUUCUUUCUCCCUCCGUUGACUUCACAGUCAAAUAUCAGCUUCCUAACGAAGAACUUGACGCUUUAAUUACUGUUUCGACGGAUGAAGAUGUUGAGAAUAUGAUGGAAGAAUUCGACCGUUUGUCGAUUCCUAACUCUAAUAAAAUUCCAAGGUUACGCCUAUUUCUGUUUCCGUUUGAAGAACAAGAUUCUAGAACGUCUAGUAUUGCUUCGCUUUUAGAUGGCUCUAAAAAGAGAGAGAAUUGGUUUCUUGACGCUCUAAAUGGUGGUGCUAAUACGACGUCGUUGGAGAGAGGAAGGUCGGAAGCUUCUUCGAUUGUGUCGGAAGUUCCGGAUUAUUUGUUUGGGCUGGAUACUAAUUCGGAUGAACCGCCUGUUCUUCCUACUAAAUUUAGAAACCGGUCUGCUUUAAGUGAACCAGAUCCUAGUUCGGCUCCUGGUUCACCUGCUUUUGGUUCGACUUCUUCUGUGCCUGCUAUGCCGAAUCUUCCUCCCGUUAAGACUAAAUUGGAGAAAAUUGUUAACCCGAUUGAAGAUGGUGUUCAACCGGCGAUUCGUCAAGUUUGGAAUGUGAACCCAGGUUCUCCGUAUCCGGCUCAUGCGGUUCAACCUGUUCCAGUUUAUUAUGUACCGGCUGCUGGGUCUGGGCCGGGUUUAAUUGCACAUAGGAAUAUAGUUCCUGUUCCAGUUCCGGUUUCAGUGCCGGGUGCGCAUUAUGUUCCACAAUAUGGUCCGGGUCCGGUUCAAGUUCCAGUUGGGUUUCAAGGUACGGGUACGGGUCCAAUGUAUGAGGUGCCCAUGCAGGCCGGGAAUAUGGUCCAAGGCCAAGGUAUAGUAGGUGGGAUGAAUCAGCAGGGACUGUACUAUGGGGUUACAACUGGUGGAAUGGUUGCUGCUUAUACGGGUACAAGUACGGGUAUGGGUAUGCCAUUGUCGGGCGAGGAAGAUGGUUCAAAGGGUCGGAAUUUUCAAGGCUAAAUAUAUGUACCUAGGUAUUGAUAAAAAAAAUCACUCAAAAUUUAAGUAUAUAAAAUUACGAGUCAUUUUACUGGUAUUUAAUUUUUUGUUUCAAUGAGUUACAAAGUGUGCAGCAUCUUGUUUUCUCUUAGUUUGUCAUUGGAAAUGUGUAUUCUACGAUUUGAAAAAGAAAAAAAAAAAGAAAAAAAAAAAAAGAAAAAAUGUAAGUAAGAAUGAAAUUGUUGAAGGUUUCAUGGUAGAGAACGAAUAAUGAUUUUCUAAAUUUUUUGUUUUGUUGCUCAAUUUUAGCAAAUAAAGUUGAGUCAGAAAA